AUGUCUACGAAUGAGCAGACAAUGGAGAAGGAGAAGGAGCAGAACCAGCAUAGCGAGUCUGAGAAUGAGAAUCGAGAGGAUGACGAUAAUGGCCCUCAGACGAGCAACGAAAGCACCGGUGAGGAGGAGCAGGAGCAGGAGCAGACACAGCCAGCACGACCUACCAAGACUGCGUCACGGAAGCGCAAGCGUCCUCGAAAUGACCCAUGGGGCGACGAGGACAGACAGAACCAGAUGGUCCAGCGACAGCAGCCGCAGCAACAACCACAGCAGCAGAUGCAGCAGAUGCCGCCCCAGAUGCAGGCCCAGAUGAUGGCCCAACCCAAGGAUGAGAAGAAGAAUCCGUUGAAGCUGCGUCUUGAUUUGAACUUGGAUGUUGAGAUUGAAUUGCGUGCCAAGAUUCACGGUGAUGUUACUCUUGCUUUGCUUGAUAUGGUAUGA